UGUCUUUCACCGCCACACAACGUCACUAUUUACAAAAAUAUCACAUGCGGAAAGCCUUUUGCAGUCUCUGAAUACUCACGACCAAAGCAGACAAAUGGGUGCAUUUUACUGUUCUGUCUGCAGAAAAACUGAUUUUUCAGGAAAAGGACACAUCUAUGGGAAAAGCCACAAGAGCAAGCUUAAAGUCGUCAUCGUCAAAUUCACGGAGAAGGUCAAAGAAGCACGGCGGACCAUCAAAAAUCCUCAGGUGGAGAAAUACAGUCCCGAUCAUGAUGUUAAAUUUUGGUGUUAUUGUUGCGGGCUGGAGGUGCAGAAACACGUGUCUGACAGUAACAUCACUGUGCUGCAUGGAGGACUGCUGGAACAUAUGAGCACGCCAGAGCACCGGAAAAACACACACAAGUUUUGGUGGGACAAUAAAGCAGAUCCUAAACUGAGAGACAAGUUCAUCACAACAGAAGAGGAAACUGAGAGAUUCAAGUCUGAGGUUGCCAAGGCUCUUGAACAGUUUGAGGAAAAAGAGGAUGUGUUUAUUAAAGAGCGAGCUGCAGUGAUCCGAUCUCAGGAGCAGCACAGACUGGAGGUCCUGCAGGCAUUAUCAGAGCCUGAUCCAGAACUGCUACAGCCUGCUGAACUGGGCCAGCACAACAAUGAACAUACUGCCAGUUCCCACAGGGGCACUUAUGAAAUGGAGGCACGGCCAGAGCCAAGCCAUGACAAUCUGCCAUCACACAGUCAAUGGAAUGAGGCAGGACUGGGAUUAACUUUAAUUGGUUACCAGGAUUCUUCCAGGAGUGGCAAUGUCCAUUCUGGAGCUGUGCCGCCAUGGCUUCUGGAGGAGCCAGAUGAGGGUUCAAGCAGUGUCCAGCAGGAAAUGGGUCCCUCACUUCAGGAGUUUCUCAAACACAAGGAACGAGAGAAACUCAGGAAGCUUCCUCCCAACCGCGUGGGGGCAAACUUUGACCACCGCUCGCACACUGAUACCAACUGGCUGCCAUCAUUUGGACGUGUGUGGAAUAGUGGCAGGCGCUGGCAGUCUAGGCAUCAGUUCAGAGAAGAGGAGGCCAAAACCAGGGGCAAGAGAAAGUGGGGAGAUAAGAAAGGAGCCAAGAAACAAAAAGGCCUCAGUAAUGGAGAUUUAUGAAAUGUUAAUUUUGUUUACUCCUGCAGUCCUUGAAUGACAAAUGUUA